UUUCAGAAAAUUUCAUGAAUUUGUAAUGCGAUAAGCAGUAAAAUCACAUGGACGACCCAAACAGGAUAGUUUCCGCCUCGCGUAGGCCCAAAGCAUUGAUACGGUUGCUCGAUUCACAACAAAUUGAAGUGGUUCUUCAUUCCCGACUCUCAGUGGAGGAUGUUCUUCGCUUGGUCGCCGAAAAAGUCGACCUUUCGUUUCCGGAUUCGCAGUAUUUUUGUUUAGGAUUUUCAGAUAAUUUAAACAAUUUUCACUGGCUCGACGGCUCGGUAAUUCUCUACGACCUGGUCGCGUCGACUUCAAAUCCAAAAGGCACAUUGACCUUGUCGCAUCAUGUCAGAUUCUUUGUGGACACGAUUUACGAGGUUCAGUGCGCAUCGACCGCCAAACUUUUCUUCUUCGACAUUCAUAAUCAGCUAGCGAGACACGAAUUACUAGUGACCAGCGAAGACUACUUUGAACUGGUUGCAAUUCUUGUAUCCGUCUUCGUCCCCGAUUGUCAAGAACACACAACGGCCGAAGCGAUUUCUCGAAUAAUGCCAAUGUCCCAUCCACCGUAUAUUCUACUGAAAACCGAUCAGAGUGAAGUGGAACGGAGAGUUUUUGAGAAGUUUCGAUAUUACAGACGACUGCCUGUAGGUACUGGAAUGAUAAGUUUCAUAAAGCUCGCCGAAAAGAGUGAAUCGUAUGGUUAUCGAAUGUAUGAAGCUCUGAACGAAAACAAUGAUAAAUGUAUUCUAUCAAUUGGAUAUAAAGGAAUUUACAUUUAUCGAAGAAGUCGACAUCAGAAUUUGAUCACACCGUACCUCGCGUAUCCGUGGAGAGUUAUCGACAAUUUGUAUUAUCGGGAUAAGAAAUUUUCCAUCGAAAUUCGGGAACCGAAAAAGAACGAAAGUAGCGAGAACGUGUCAGAUGAUGUGAUCCUGAUCAAUGACCGGCAGCUGUCAGAAGCAUUCAGCCACCCGACUACCCAAGUUUCCUGUGGUCGUCGCCGUUCAAACAAUCAACAGCCGCGAGUUCUUCUAUUCCCAUUCACAUGCCAAACUCCUCUCGUGUGCCGAACAGUUUGGAUGUCAGCAAUCGCCCAACAUCGUUUCUUUUUGGAACGAAAGGAACUGAAAAAGAAAGGACAUCAUCAUUCGCGAAACGCUGUCGUCGAUCAUCAGGAGCUCACCGAGAAGCUCAAUCGACUUACCAGUACCAGCUCGUUGGGAUCCAGUCUGCCUUCAUUGAGCUCUCUUCACUCGAACUCGUCGAUCGGCACAAUGCCGUCGGCGAAAAUUGGCGACGGAAGUACAUCAAGCCUUCCAAUGUCAUCAGCCAAGCCAAUGUCAACACAAACAUCGGAACCACAGUUACCAGAUGUACCCGAACCGAAUGAAUCGCUUCACAAUAAAACAAUCGACGAGUUCCAGAAGGAUCAAGAGAAAUGUGAUCGAUUGAAAGCUCGAAAAGCUGAACUCGAAAUGAGGCUUCGACAAAAAAUGCAAGAACUCAAGGAUGUAUGUGUCGAAGAGGGAGAUAUAACCGGAGAGAUGCCUGUCGAAAUUAACGACGUUGUGCUCCCCGGCGAUGAUUUUCCACGAUUAAAGCGGCGAGUCGGGACAGCUUAUUCGAUUCCAGAUGAAUUGAUUAAAGCUGAUAAGGCUGAUAAAAUGAGCCAAUUGGAAACUGACGUGGAGCUUCAUCGACGGAUUGUGGCGGCGGCUUCAAGGCUGGCAACUGAUAAGAACACGAAUAAAUCAGUGAGAAAGAAGCGGCAGAAGGAUCUUCAAGCAGCACGGCUCCGGCUCAAUCGGCUCGAGCAGGGACUUCAACAAAUGAGACAUUCGGCGAGUAAACCGGAUAUUAGUAGCCUUACAAGUGAUAGUAGCAACUCCUGGACAGCAUCCAACUCGAGUGGACCGAUGCUCACGAUGGCGAUGACGAAGAGCUGCCCUACGACGCCACGUGGAUCGGUGCCAGAUUUGAGAAAUGGCUUGGACGAUGAGAAAGACGAAUUUGAUGAAAAUGUUGAAGAUCGUGUGUCCAGGAGGGCUCCGAGCUACGAAAACGUCGGCUACCGUUCCACAUCGUAUCGAAGCAGUUACCGGCAGGCACACUAUCCUACAAUUCAGGACGAGCAUACCCAACGAAAACGUGCUCAAUCUGCACAUUCUAUAAGUACAGAUAAUGGAGCAACAGGAAGAACAUCCACAUAUUCUGUCCCACUAAAUGAUGCUGCUCAAAAAUUCCGAGAAUAUGAUUAUGAUGAUGAAGAAGAUUCUACACCGACAAUGGAUCUUCCUAGUCAUCUUAUCAAUGUUCGACGUCUAACAUCCUCAAUUUCAUGUCAAGCUGGAUUUGCCACUGCAAGCUUGGAUCGUCGAUAUUCGAAACUUAAUGGAGGAAGAUUAUCAUCAGGUGGUGGUGGAUCGGAUGAUGUUGUUCGACAGAAUGUUACUACUAGAAUCACAACAUUCCCUGUCGCUACGUCAGCGGCUACCGUAAUCUUAUCCGGAAAACCUUACUCUGCAUCAGAACUUCCUCGAUUUCAACCACCUCCUCCAGUUGCCCGUGUCACACAUAUGCCACGUGGAUCCCUGCCACCGUACUCCUCCGCGACAAUGGGAGCACAAUCACCGGCUCCUCCGCCAAACGGAAAAUUGCCGACAAAUCCGCAAAUGGAGGCACUUUUAUCAUAUUAUAAGCAGCAACAGCAACAACAACAUCAGCAGCAAUCACGGUCAGCGCCAUCUCAACAGCCCAAGACGGCGACAAUUGUCUAGAAUUUAUAUACAUUUUUUAAAAAGAAAAUUAAAUGGAAAUGAUUUUUUUUUGUAUGAUUUUUUUCUAUGUACCAUUGUGUCCUCUCAUUACCCGAAUUUUAUGGUUCUCAUUCUCUGUGAAUUUCGUUAUCCGGUGUGUCAGACCCUCUUAGACCCCUUCCCUCCAAUUUAAGACCCCUAAAACCAUUUUGCUCAUCACUUUUCAAUUAUUUCCCCCCAACCACACCAACAUGUGAUAUGAUUCCGUUUCACUUAUAUGCUUCUCGUUUUGUUUCAGCUCCCUCCACGAGACGAGUUCGCCGUCGACGGGUUCACACCGAUUUCUAGAUCGCGUUUUCUUUUUCUUAUUCACCUCUCAACUUGUGUGUGUCUCUCUCUCUCUUAUAGUAAGAGAAAUUUCAGUUCUUGAAUCAUAUAUAUAUAUAUUUGAGCGAGUAUUUAUUUUCGACGUUUCAUUGUAAAUGUGCCCAACUUUUUUUUUCAAAUAUAAAUAUGUAUUACUAUU